CCGAAGGGUCACUUCUUUCGAUGGAAGAAAAGCUUCAUUGGCUUUCUUCCAUCCUGCUUCCUGGAACUGGAUACUGCCAUCUCAGAUCUAAGGAUGAGGCCACACUCUGGAUGGGAGAGUGGUCUUCCAAGAGCUACAGAUUCGAACAGAAGCUGCAUCUGUCUGGCGUGCAGGUUGUCACCUGUGACAGAGAGGAAAGGCAGGACGGGGACAAAGACCAGGAUCUCACGAUCAGUCGAGGAAAUUCUCUGGUCUUCAGGCCUCUGACCCUUGUGUCGCCCAGUUUCCGUGAGUGCCAGCAGUUUCAAUUUCAGGUUUACAAAGCUAAGAUCUUCAGGAAGCUGCUGGUCCUUUCACUAACUCAUGACUGUUACAACAAACAGAACGUGACAGUGUCUUCUAGACACUCGACCAAGACGUGUCACUUGCAAAGAAUACAUUAUGCCAAAGCACAGCACCCUUGAAAAUAGGAAUGUGCCAGGGAGAAGGCUCUGAAGAUAGUCAUCCUAGCAAAGUCUGGGUCCUUGACAGAUUCCAGCUCUCACAAAAAGAAGUUUUGCAGGAAGGAUUUAGAUUUCCAUUUACUUCCAUUAUUGUUACCAGACGGCUUCAUAGCCUAUUUUUGUUUUUUCUCAUAUUUCAUACAGAUUAGUUUUUAAGGAAAGAAUUGUGUUGCGUGCAGAGAUAUGAAGGGAAGAGAAACAGCUGAAUUUUAGUAAUUCACUACCAAUUCCCGGACUCAAGCUAACUAUUAGUUUUAUUUCCCUCUAAAGAUUGUAUUACACAAACAAUGGCAUUUAUUUUCCUUAUAGCACAUUUGUUACCACGUAACCCAAUAAGUCAGUUUAUCAUGUAGGAAACUGGACACACAAAAGAGAGCUGCUCUGUCUCCAUCUUUCAUGAGAAGGUUCAGAGCAACUCUAGGCUCCCGCCAAAAACAGAGUUGAAAUGGGGUGUUUAUUUCUCUAUCACACACCCUGCUUCCCCUUCACAGAUCAUAGGGUUCUUCUGUGGGCAAAGGGCUGCUGGGAUGAUGAGGUGUACACAGCAUUAUGAGAAUGACCUCUUCUUUGCUUUGGGAAGGGUUGCCUGGGUCACCUGUGUCAAAAGAACAAAACUUCCAAAAGUUCAGCAUGUGUUCCUUCAAUAUGGAACACGAAGGUCUUGGAAACAGAGCUUGAGUUUGCCUUCAAUGUUCUUUCCCAUUGACGCUCGUGACCCACACACUGCUGUAGAUGCGCUCCACCUUCCUCCCUCGCAGACCAGUUCCCUCCAGCCCACAGCCUGCAAUCAGCCCAGAGCCUGGCUCCCAGUAACACCCACAAAUACCUGUUGCAUUGACUCUUCCUGCUCUUCCGGCCUCUUCUUGAAGACUCUUCAUCCCCUCUUGCCAUCCAUACUCACCUGUGCCCUCCGUUGGCUGGUGGUGCCAUCUGAUCAAGAGACCCACUGGAACAGGGGGCUGUGUGCCCCCCAGGUCAGUACUGAGAGCCUCUGCUGCCCCCCUGUAAACGCACCUUAGCCUAAAACAGAGAUUCUGACUGAGGAAUUCCAGACAUCUCUGGAGAGACCUCAUAUAUGGAACCUUCUCAGUGUAUUUCAGAGUCCAGAGUGCUAACCAUUACACCAUGGAACCCUCCUUCCUUCUCAGUGUAUUUCAUCAACUGUGUCCUUUCCAGCCUAAAUGGUUUCCCUGACUCAGGCACUCCCAAACUGAGAAGCUUCAGGGGAUUUGGAAAUAGCCUAGAACCUGAA